CAAUCUCAUUGGUGCGUUGUGGCCGGGCGCCGGUCAAUGAGGGCCUGUUCCCAACCUACCGCCCCUUGGCCACUAAACCGUCCUUUGCUCUGCCCAAGUCCCGAUUAAUUCAGUCCAGUCAGCGAGGCGGGGAGGGAGUCUGGCGAGGGCCGCUUAGAAGCCCGGCCCUCGUCCUCUUCGUGUCCCGCCGGGCGUGCGAGCGGCUCGGGUUCCGCGCGCUGCUGCAGGCCGCCGCGCUGACAGAGCUAAGCGGAGCCGUUACUCAGCACGUCCCCGGCGUUCGAACGGCGGCGGUUGGGGGGGCCUGACGGGGCUGCAGCCCCAGAGGGACCCAGACGCGGUCACGCUACAGGACCAACGUCAGACAGAGGCAGAAUAGAAGAUGAAUAAUCUUUCCUUUAGCGAACUGUGUUGCCUGUUCUGUUGUCCACCAUGCCCAGGGAAAAUUGCUUCCAAACUGGCAUUUUUACCUCCCGAUCCUACUUACACACUGAUGUGUGAUGAGAGUGGUAGUCGCUGGACUCUACAUCUUUCAGAACGAGCAGACUGGCAGUACUCCUCUAGAGAAAAAGAUGCCAUUGAGUGUUUCAUGACUAGAACCAGCAAAGGUAACAGGAUUGCCUGUAUGUUUGUGCGUUGCUCACCUAACGCCAAAUAUACUUUGCUCUUCUCACAUGGAAAUGCUGUUGACCUAGGUCAAAUGAGCAGUUUUUAUAUAGGACUGGGUUCACGGAUUAACUGCAACAUAUUCUCAUAUGAUUAUUCUGGAUAUGGCGCAAGUUCUGGGAAACCAACAGAGAAGAACCUGUAUGCUGACAUUGAUGCUGCUUGGGUGGCUCUAAGGACAAGGUACGGAAUCCGCCCUGAAAAUGUGAUUAUAUAUGGCCAAAGUAUAGGAACGGUACCCUCUGUGGAUCUCGCUGCUCGAUAUGAGAGUGCUGCUGUAAUUCUUCAUUCUCCUUUGACCUCGGGAAUGCGAGUAGCCUUUCCUGAUACAAAGAAGACCUACUGCUUUGAUGCAUUCCCAAACAUUGACAAAAUUUCUAAAAUAACAUCGCCAGUGUUAAUAAUCCAUGGGACUGAAGAUGAAGUAAUUGACUUUUCGCAUGGCUUAGCAUUAUUUGAGCGUUGCCAGAGACCUGUAGAGCCACUGUGGGUAGAAGGAGCAGGCCAUAAUGAUGUGGAGCUUUAUGGACAGUACCUUGAACGAUUAAAACAGUUUGUAUCACAGGAACUGGUGAAUUUGUAAAGUACUUUAUAUAUUUACAUGCUUUUUCAUUUCACUGCAGAACUGCACACUUUGAUAAAUACUAACAUAAAACCUGAAGGUUUUGUUUUCAAAUCAUGUCAGUUGCCUUCAUAAAUGUACAGGUAAUGAUUUGUGAACAUAAGUAAUGAAGGUUUUAAUACCAGUAUUAUAAACUGGAAUAACACGAUCAUGCAGUUCAGCUUCUGUAGUUCGUAUACUAUGUGUGAGUUUUUUCUUUUUAGAUGUACAAAAUAUCACAAGGAGUACUGUAUGAAAUUUUAAUUAUGUAAAAUCAGAUGCUGUAAAAGUGUUGCCAAAUGCUUUAGCAUAUCAAAUUUAUAAAUUUUUUAAACAUCUCAAAAUGUACUGUGACUUAUUCUGUUGCACAGGUGUACACUAAAAAUCAGACUUGUAAACAGCUGUACUUGUAAAAAUACCAAUAGCCAUGAGAUUUAAGCAAAUAUGUAAUGAAAACAUAAACACUCACUGGAAUUGGCCCAGGCCCUGUUUUAUAGGGAGUGGGUCAAAACAAGCUUUUUUUUUUUUUUGUGCUAUCGUGCAUUAUAUCUGAUGUCUUGUGGUUAAUUUGUUUUGUUUUUUAACUUGGAAGAUGAGGUUUAAAUCUGCCCACUCAUCUGUUGCUUAGCUAAACAGGUUAUUCUGUAAAAUGAAGUCCUAAAAUACCACUGUUAUAACAAAUUUCAUUCACAUGCUCACUACUGAGGUCUGACUAAAUAUUUUAGUGGUUUAUUUGAAACCAGUAAGGUAUUUAGAGCUAGUUUUAAAUCUCUAUUCUAUAGAGAUGCAGUAUAUGGAUAGAAGGAAUCCUGGAAGUUUUGUCUAACUUUGUAAUGAACAAAAUGCAAGUUUGCCGUUGUCAGUUCAGGUUUACUUUUGGGUGUUUAUGAGCCUGCAACCUAUUGUUUUUAUUACUGUAUGAGAAUUUUACUAAUCUGCUCCUGAACAGUGAAGGAGAAUGUUGACACUUUUUUGUAUUAACUCUUAGUGAAAUAAAUUUUGUAAGUUGCCUUUCCCUUGAAUGAGUUUUGCUUGAAUAAAACUAUGAAAGAUAAUGACAAACUUAAUUAUAUGUAGCCUAAUUUGUAAACCUAGUAAUCCAACAAUAUGCACUGUGCUUCUAAUUUUAAGGCCUUAUGUAGUUUGUUCUGCUUGUUUUUGUGAUUGUCCAAGACUACUGUGUAAUUAAAUGUAUUAUCAAAUAUUGUGAAUGAUUUGGUUCAGAUGUGUUAACUAACAGUAAAUAAUAUUAUGCAA